AGUUUCGAAAAUCCGCCUGUCCCGAAUCAACUGGUGGGACCGCUUGUCGCAGCUUUUAUCGAAGCAUGCUGUGGCUAAGCUUGUCGGCACGUUGGAAAAUUUUCGGUGCUAGUUUUUGAGGCCCCGUUUUUUCAUUCGAGAAAGAGGGCAGGUGCAUCGCGAAAAAUGACCCUGAUGACUCUGCCAGGACUGUAUUGUGCAGAUUUUUUGUAGACAUUUUCGGAUUGAGGGGUUGUAAAAAAAAAUAAGUGAUAAUGUAUGGCCUCAUUCUGGAGAAUAUGGCUGAGUACAUCAAGCAGACAUAUGGAGAGGAAAAAUGGGAGGAGAUUAGACGAGCAGCGGGGGUUGAAACCCCUUGUUUCAGUACUCAUCAGGUUUACUCAGAAGCCUUUAUACCACGUCUGUCUAAAAAAGCAGUACAAAUCCUGAACGUUGGGGAGAAGGAGUUCUUCGAUCAGAUGGGGGUGUUCUUCAUCAGUUUCGUGAGUCAAUACGGCUACGACAGAGUUCUGUCGGUCUUGGGCCGACACAUGAGAGAUUUCCUGAACGGACUAGACAACCUACACGAGUAUCUCAAGUUUUCGUAUCCCAGGAUGAGAGCGCCCAGUUUCAUCUGCGAGAACGAGACGAAACAGGGGCUUACGCUGCAUUACAGGAGCAAACGAAGGGGCUUUGUUUACUACACGAUGGGGCAGAUCAGAGAGGUGGCCAGGCACUUUUAUCACAAGGAGAUGAAGAUCGAACUCAUCAGGGAGGAGAUUCUCUUCGACAUGGUCCACGUCACUUUCCAACUGACGUUCGAUAACAGGGCCUUCACACUGGCCUCACUGGCGAUGACCAGAGAAGAAAAGCAUCUUCCAAUAAGUGCAUCUGUUCUGUUCGAGAUAUUUCCAUUUUGUAUUGUUUUCGGGUCCGACAUGGUUGUGAGAAGUAUAGGAAACUCUCUGAUGGUAAUAAUGCCAGAUCUCAUAGGAAAAAGAAUAACGAACUGGUUCGAUCUAGUCAGACCCUUAACAGCGUUCAAAUUCCAAACGAUUCUGAACAGGACCAACAACAUUUUCGAACUGGUGUCCGUCGAACCCAUAAUCAACGAAAAACCUAAUGAUCGUCCCACAGACAUCCUAUUCAGUGACGACAUGGAAUCAACAGAAGACAAGAGUUUGAGGCUCAAAGGUCAGAUGAUCUACAUGGACAACUGGAAGAUGAUGAUGUAUCUGGGUACGCCGGUGAUGCCGGACUUGAAUUCUCUCAUUAAUUCAGGGUUGUAUAUCAACGAUUUGUCGAUGCACGACUUCAGCAGGGAUCUGAUGCUGGCCGGAACGCAGCAGUCGGUGGAGCUGAAACUGGCGCUGGACCAGGAGCAGCAAAAGAGCAAGAAGUUGGAAGAGAGCAUGCGGAAGCUGGACGAAGAGAUGAGAAGAACUGACGAGCUGCUCUAUCAGAUGAUACCGAAACAAGUUGCUGACAGGCUUAGAAAAGGGGAGAAUCCCAUCGAUACGUGUGAGAUGUUCGAUUCAGUGUCAAUACUCUUCUCUGAUGUGGUCACCUUCACCGAAAUAUGCAGUAGAAUAACACCUAUGGAAGUUGUGUCUAUGCUCAACGGGAUGUACUCGAUAUUCGACAAAUUGACUGAGAGAAAUCACGUCUAUAAGGUAGAAACCAUCGGAGAUGCCUACAUGGUGGUGUCCGGGGCCCCUGAAAAGGAGGGUAACCACGCGGAGAGGGUUUGCGACAUGGCUCUGGACAUGGUGGAGGCCAUAACAGACCUCAAGGAUCCAUCUACAGGCCUUCAUCUGAAGAUACGAGUUGGCGUCCAUUCUGGUGCAGUUGUGGCAGGGAUAGUUGGCCUGAAGAUGCCCCGUUACUGCCUAUUCGGAGAUAGCGUGAACACAGCAUCCCGUAUGGAGUCGACAUCCGAAGAGAUGAAGGUCCAUAUUUCGGAAUAUACGAGGGUGUUCCUGCCUUCUUCCUACAGGGUAGCAGAGAGAGGGGAGAUACAGAUAAAGGGUAAAGGUAGCAUGAGGACUUUUUGGCUUGAAGGCAAAGAAAACCGGAUACCCCUGGACAGAAACUUAGAACCGCCAGUGAUAAGUAGCAAAGUGAUAAUGGUGAAUCAAGAAAGAAUACUCUUUUCCCCCAUACGUAAAAGUGAAGACCGAAGGACCGGAAGCUAUACUCCAAUAACAUUUAAAGACGUGGCACGAAGAAGCAUUGCCAAUUCUCCCAUGAAAUACUCUUCAGUUAAAGAAUCCCGAUCAAACUCAAUAGGGGCAUUCUAUGCAUCGAGCGGCAACGCGUCUGAACUCUUCGGAUCGACAAUUUCCGAUCUCAGCCCUGAAACCAGCUUCGACCUGUCUUCUGCCAACAUCUCAGUCCCCCCCACCUGUCACUUCAGGAGCAGGUGUACGACGGCGCCUCCUAGGACCGAACACAAGACGGAAAUUAGCCUAACAGCCCAAGGAAAACCCUCCGACCUUCCCCCAGGACAACUGGUAUGCGCUAUUAACAGGGAGACGUGCAAGAACGAGGAGGAAACCUGCCAGAAGAAUCCAUCUUGCAACACCCUCGAGCUGCCUCAGAUCCAGAGCGCAUGCUGCGAGAAGCAAUUUGUGGAGCCUGCCAUCUGUGGUCUCCAGACCAUGACGAAGAGCCAGGUGCUCUACACCACAAGGGAAAACUUUGAGAACUGCCAAGAGGAAGCCUCAAACGCUUGCAAGAACCAGCAGUGCAAAGAAUCGAAAUACGAAUUUGGGAAGAGCAUGCACGAAUACGCAAAAAAGCUAGGAAAAUCGAAGUCAGAUAAAAAGGUUCACGUAAAAGAGACGGAUACUCAGGUUUGCACUUCUACAACUCCUAGUUCCGGUAGCCACAAUCUUAAAAAGACCACAGGACACCAUCAUCACUACCAAAAUUCUCACAUGCGUCACCAUAACCAUCAGCAGUGCUGUUCUGGUUUUGGAGCUGGCAACAGACAUAGGUUCCAAAGUAAUGCUUGUGUGAUAUUUUAGUCUGAUUUUUUUAUAGCUGUUCAAUGGUCCGAUUUGAAGAUGGGAAUGUAGAGAAUUGUGGUCCCUCUAGUAAUUAUCUUGAACGUCAAGCCACAAGUAAUGCUUGUGUGAUAUUUUAGUCUCAUUUUUUUUAUAGCUGUUCAAUGGUCCGAUUUGAAGAUGGGAAUGUAGAGAAUUGUGGUCCCUCUAGUAAUUAUCUUGAACGUCAAGCCUUGUGUGAUAUUUUAUUCUGAUUUUUUUUAUAGCUGUUCAAUGGUCCGAUUUGAAGAUGGGAAUGUAGAGAAUUGUAGUCCCUCUAGUAAUUAUCUUGAACGUCAAGCCACAUUCAUUUCAUUUUAAUCGAUUACUAGUCAAUAUUCUUCACUAGAAAAACAUAUUAUCCCUAAUCAAAUUUUUCUUCUACCCUUUGUUAUCUGGCAGUAAUAUAAUUCCACGGAUCUUGAACAGCAAAGUUAUAACUAAAAACGUCCAUUACGAAAAAAGAGUUCAAAAUUUUACAUUCUUUCUAGAAUCUAGAGGGACUAGGUAUUGAGCCAAACGACCAAUUUAAAGAAUUCAUUCUAGUUUACGUUAGCGACUGUGAAUAUCUGUCAAACGUCAAUUGGUUAGGUUAGGUUAUCUGGCAGUAUUAUAAUUCCACGGAUCUUGAACAGCAAAGAUAUAACUAAAAACGUCUAUUACGAAAAAAGAGUUCAAAAUUUUACAUUCUUUCUAGAAUCUAGAGGGACUAGGUAUUGAGCCAAACGACCAAUUUAAAGAAUUCAUUCUAGUUUACGUUAGCUACUGUGAAUAUCUGCCAGACGUCAAUUGGUUAGAUUUGUCAGUUUUUCAAGGGCGUAGAUCACUUUUUUUCUUGAGGGGGUAAUCGAAAAAAAAAUUCGACGACAUUAUUUACUCAUAUCUAUAAUGUGAGAAAAAGAGGUUUGAUAACAAAGUUUGAACCAAAUUACUCGAAAUAAAUAUAUUUUUUUAUUAAAAAUUGGAUUGUUUUUAUCUUAUACGGAGUGUUCCUGAUUCGGAGUUACGAAGGAAAAUGAGAGAGUCCUUGGAUAAUUUUGAAAAUAAAAUGGCCCAUAAACAUGAGCCCGCAAACACUUCGUUUUCGAGAUACAAAAAAAAUCACAGAUGGCAAAUAAGGCACGAUGCCGAGAAAGCAGACAGAUAAAGGAAAAUAAUAAACCUCGGACAAAGACAAGCUGGUAGUGCAAUAAGAGUGCUCAUCUUGAAAGCGAUAAUAAACUCAUAAAUCGGUCCGAUUUUUUACUUACGUGUCGAUUUCAAAGGAAAGUAAAAUGAUUAUUAUUUGUUCAUUAUAUGGAGAAAUUUUUGUCCUUUUCCUUCGCGAGUUUUGUAAAUUUUUAUAUUUUGAAAAUAUUGGGGGGGGGUAAUUACCCCCAGUACCCCCUCCCAUUUCUACGCCCUUGCAGUUUUUCUUCUAUUAAAGAUGGAUUACUGAAAUUCAUUAUUGUUAUAAAUCAUGAUAAUUUAGAAGAAAAUCACUUGCUAAUUGGGAUACUGAGUGAAAGAUCGACAACUGACACUAAUGACAGAUAUUCAUUGAUAGCAACUGUGUAUGGACCUGGAAUUUUAAAAGAAUAAGAGUUUCUUGUUAACUUUAAGGCAAACCUGAAUCAAAAUAGUGUAUUUCGUUUGUACCUAGAUACAUAUCACUUCUCCCAAAGUCGAAUCGAAAUAAUCAUUCAGUAUGUAUUUCUGAGGUAUCUGUUGUAUAUAUUUUUUUAAUUUUCAGUUAUAUUCUCAAGUCAAUAACAAAAAUAAUGUGUAUUAAAUUUUUUGAACAUAGUUAUGUGACAGCCGUUUGUACAAAUCAUUGAAUUUCAAGUGGAGAAAAUAAUUCUCAUUUGCUAAUAUUUUUUGAUGUAAAAUAAUUAUUUAUUGUAAUGUGAGUUGUUUAGUUUUAUGAUAAUGUCGAAAUAUAUGUUAUAUUAAAAAUGAAAGUACAUUAAAAUUUUUCAUUAGUC